AUGCCUUGUUGUUUUAUUUGUAAAGAAACAUCACCUAAUAUAGUGUUAUUAUGUAAACAUUUCCAAUAUAAGCACGCUAAGCAUGAUUUCAUUGAAUAUAUAUGUAUAGAAAAUCAUUGUAAUAGGUCAUUUCAUUUGUUAAAUUCAUUUAAAAAACAUGUUGCUGCAACUCAUUACUCUCAAACUUCUAUACAUACAAAACAUUUUGUAACAACUAGUUUUCAGAGUAACGAAUUGGCAUCAGUUAAUAGUCAAAAAAGUUUUGCCAAUACAUCUACUUCCAUUGAAAUUCCACUUAUACAACCUUUGUUGGUUGAUAACUUUAAUAAUCCUAAUUUUCCAAAUAACCAAAUUGAACAAUUUUUAGCUUCUUUAUAUGCUAAUUCUCAAAUACCACGUAAUGUUGUACAAACAGUUACUGAAGGUGUAACUGAUAUAAUAAGAGGUAUUAAAGGGUCAUUGGUGAAUUGUGCUACAGGAAUUCCUCCAAAUAUUUCUGACCAUAUUAACACUACAUUUCAAGGCUUUGAAUCUCGUUUUACAAAUUUAAAUACUGAAUAUAAGCGAAUUAAAUAUUAUACAGAUUGUGGUACUUAUAUUCCGCCCAUAGAGAUUAUAAUAGGACAGAGGCUGAAUGAAAAUAGAAACAACAAUACAUUUUCCAUCAUUCCAACGCAUUGUACUGAACAAUUUAUUCCUACUCGUGAUGUUUUAAAAAAAUUUUUUCAACUAAAAGAUAUUUUAAAAGAUACAAUUGACUAUGUAAAUAAAGUAAAAAGUUGCGAUGCUGUGUUAACGAAUUUUAUUCAAGGUAGUGUUUGGAAAAAAAAAAUUAAAGAUUAUGAUGAAAGUCAAAUUGUUUUGCCUAUAUUUUUAUUUUUUGACGAUUAUGAGGUAGGUAAUCCCUUGGGUAGUCAUUCAGGUAUACACAAAUUAGGAGCUGUUUAUCUUACUGUUCCUUGCAUACCCAUUCACCGACAAUCUUCCUUGAGCAAUAUUUUUUUAGCUUUAUUAUUUCAUUCAUCUGACAGACAGCAAUUUGGAAACCAUAUCAUUUUUAGGCCACUUAUCAAUGAGUUGAAUUAUUUAAAGGAAACUGGUAUUAUGAUUGAAUCUGAUGAUUUUAAAGGAAAUAUUAAAUUUGAAUUAGGUCUAAUUGUUGGGGAUAAUCUUGGUAUUCAUUCGAUAACCGGAUUUGUAGAAAGUUUUUCUUCUAAUUAUCCAUGCAGGGUAUGUAAAAUAAGGAAAGAAGAUAUGAAAAAACAAUGCUACGCUGAUGUUAAUUUAAUUAGGAGUUUGGAGCAAUAUAACCUAGAUGUUUUAGAAUGUAAUGUAACAACUAGUGGCAUUAAAGAUGUGUGUGUUUGGCAUGAUGUAUGUGGUUUCAAUGUGUUGGAUCAAAGUGGUAUGGACAUUAUGCAUGAUUUAUUGGAAGGGGUAUGCAAGUUUGAUAUAGCAUUUUUAUUAAAUUAUUAUAUUUAUGAAUUAAAAAUGUUUUCCUUACAAAUUCUUAAUGAGAGAAUGAUUCAUUUUGAUUAUGGGCCAGAUAGUAGCAGUAAGCCUCCUGUAUUAAUCAUGGAGAAUAUUCAUAAAAAUAAUAUUCGUCUGUCUGCAUCUGAAAUGUUGGUAUUUGUUCGGUACUUUGGCUUAUUAAUUGGAGAUUUUGUUCCCAAAAAUGAUCCAGUAUGGCAUUUGUACAUACUUUUAAGACAAAUUCUUGAUUUAAUAACAUCUAUGUCAUUGCAAAUAGAUUCGUGUGAACUCUUACAAACAUUAAUAGCUGAACACCAUGACCUUUAUCUUAUGUAUAGUAAACAAAAUCUUAAGCCAAAACAUCAUUUCAUGUUACAUUACCAUACAAUGUUAAAAAAAUUUGGCCCCCUUGUAGCAUUAUGGUCAAUGAGGUUUGAGGCAAAACAUAGGAUAUCCAAAAUAGCUGCAAACACUACUAGCAAUAGACGAAAUAUAUGUAAAACGUUGGCAAUCAAACAUCAGUUGCAAUUAAACAAUAUUUUUUUUAAAGGAUCAUUACCUACCCAUUUUGAAACAGGUCCUCCCAAGCUCCUGAGUGACUUAGAAUUGGAAGUUUUAAAAAAAUUUUUACAAUUUAGUUCUGUAGAAUCUAUUGUUAAGUGUCCUUGGGUAUCUAUAAAAGGUACCAAAUAUAAGCCAAAGCUAGUACUUACAUUAGAUAUACAUGAAAAUGAUCUUCCUAUAUUUGGAAUAAUAGAAGACAUUGUUUUAUUUAAUGAUACUUUGGUAAUUUUUAAGUGUAAGCGUACUAAUACUGUUGCAUUUGAUGAUCAUGUAUUUUCAUAUGAGGUAAAACUGGAUGAUGAAUGUACAUUUGUGUAUCACCAUGCAUUAUUUUCUUAUAUUCCAAAUAACAUUAGUGUAUCAUCAAAUGGAUGUAGUUAUGUAACUCUAAGAAGCAGUAUUUAG